UUUUGAAAUAAAGUUUUGAUCCUUUCUUUUGUCUCUCUUCUCUUCUCUUCUCUAUCUUGUUUCUUCUGCGGACACAAAUAAGGGAGCAAAACGUGAAUUUGCAUUCGAGAAUUUAGUGGCUAGGUUUAUGUGAUUAAAAUUCUUUGAGGGUAUUCUCAUCUUUUGCAAAUACAAAUUUUGAUUUUUUACAUAUUUUUAUUUUUUAUAAUUAACACCCGUAUUUGAAGGAUUAUUCGUCAAAACUUGCAAACCUCUGGUUGAUAAUUAUUGUAUAACUUUUGAAAUUAUUUAGGUUCCGCGGCUGAGCAUUAUCCUUGACUUUCUUAAUAAUAAUGCAAAUUAGUAUUUAAAGUAAUUUGUUUUAAAUAUACUAGGUCCUGAAAGUCUGAAACCAUGUACCGGGACAUGGCCCUGUGGGCGCAACUUUACAUGUCGACAUAUGUUUCUUCGAGAGAUAUUUUUGCAAAUGAGUUUUAGUGGGUGAGGUGGCGAGGUUACAGCCCCGCAAGGGGGAGGAGCAAGAUUCCAACAUACCCUACGUGGAUGAAUCAGGUUCUCAGAUACAAACGUAUUCCCACCUGGGAUUUGUCCGGACCAUGUUAUACGUAGAUUGGUUUAUGUCGGAAAUGUUAAAGCAUUGCAUACCACUCCCUCUCCUCUAUAUAAAGAGUUUCCAAUUGUAAAAUUUGUUUCUCAAGAUGAAUAGCAGAGUUUUCUCUGAUGAGCAUCAUUAAUGCAGUUUCUAAGAUGAGUUUUUAAACAAAAAAAGGCAUUUAAGUAAAUCAAAAAGAAAAGAAAUAAGGAUAACCGAUCCUUAAUUAAGCGUUUUUGAAACCGAUCGCAAAGGAGACUCUUAUUACACGUGUCGGCUUUUGUGAUUUUUGUUUCCUUUCUUCUCCCAAAUCGAUUUGCGAUGGCCGACGAAGAUUUCCAGUCUCGCGUCGAGAGGAUCUUCGGAUCUCUCGCCUUCUCCCGCUCCACGUCUUCUACUACCUCCACGUCUUCUGCGCCGCCGCUGCGGAAAACGCAAUCGGGCUCGGUGUGGUCUCUCUCCGGCGCAGAAGUGGAGAAGAGGGAGUGGAAGCGAGAGCAGCUCGCUUCGUACGAUAAGGAAGAGAUGCCUUGUGCGUCAUCGUUCGACGAGAUUCUGAGGCAGCAGAGGAUCUCGAGCACUGAUCGGAAGGAGGGUGAGGAAGGUGGUGACGAGGAUUUUGGUGAUGAGGAUGAUGAUUGGAGCAUCAGAGCAUCCAUGGGCCUUGACCGUACUCUCGAUGAUGAGGACGAAAAAGAUGAGUAUGAUAAGGUCGCACUAGGGAAAGAGGAUGGUGGUAAAGGCGUGUCUAUGGAAGAUGCCAUUUCGAGACCUUGUGGUGUGCGGAUUCGGGACCCUUGUGCUAACCAUGCUGCUGUAAAAAUGAGGUUGAAGGAAGAUGAACUCGAGGCCAACAAGUAAGGUUUUCUUGUUUAUGUUUCUUCUUAUUGAGUAAGUGAUCUUUUUCGAUUCUUCUAAAAAUUUUAAUUUUUUUUUAAGAACUCUUAAUUAAGAAACUCCCAUUGGACCACUCAAAAUGAGAGUUUCUUAACUAGAGUUCUUAAGUCUACUUAAGUACAUUUAUAUAAUUAAAUAAUCAUUAAGAAACCCAAGUGGAUUUCAUGGGAUAAUCAUGCUCUAAGAGCAUGUUUAUUGCUGUAUCUUAACAGCAUAUCUUACAUUAAAUGUAAUUAAAAGAAUUAAACCAAAAAUGAAAAGCAGAAAACGCGUCUCUUAAUUAAGAACAAUAAGACACGGUCCCUUAGGGGCACGUGUCACGCCUCAGUUUGGCAGAGGAUAGGUGGAGACCUUGGUCCCGUCUCAUUUGUCGCGUAUGUUUCUCUUUCUCUCCGUCUCGAUUCUCUCCGAGGCGAGAAGACGAUCUCUCAUCGUAUCGGCGGUGAAGUUUCUGUCGGUGACUCUCGUGGACGAAGGAAGACGGCGGGUCUCUUUCCGGUGCUUUCCUCCACCCAGGAAGCCGGGGACCUCUCUAUCUUGGUGGUUCUCUGAGGCGAAGACCAAACGGUGAAUCUCAAUCGACUGCUCCGCCGAAUCGAAAGAUUGAUAUAUCAAGAGGCGUGAUGAAGGGGUUAAGGGACGAUGAAGAAACUCGACACUGAUGGUUCCAGUUGUGCAUCAAGGUAAAAGCCAUCAAUUUCCUCGGUUGAAUUUGAUAAAAAUCAUGUCUUAGGUGUCUUUAAUUGGUUAAAGCAAAGUCUUGUAAAUUAUGGUUAAAUAUAUCGAUUAAUGAUGUCUUAGAUUGUGUCUUAACAUGAAUCUCUAUGUAAAGAACUUUAAUUUGUUCAUCAAGGUAAAAGCUUUCUCUUUGGUCUGUUGUAUUUAAUAAAUGCUAUCUCUUUGGUCUGUUGUUAUAGGUUUGGUAAUAAAUUCUCUGUUCAAGUGGUUAGUGUUAGAUUAGAGUUGUAAUAAAUAGAUUUUUAUGGUUAGAUAGAAAUCAAUUGUUAGAUAGAAAUGAAUGGUGUAGAUAUAUGUCAACUCGUGUGAUCAAUGCUUUCAUCCAAGGUUUGCGUCUUUAAAAAUCUUCCCUUCUCCUCUUAUUCAAACCGUGUUCUUGUCACUUCUUUUCACUUCUGUUCUUCUCACUUCUGUUCUUCUCGCUUCUGUUCUUUUGUUUCUUUCUCCCUUCAGCGUGCUUCAGUAUGGAUUCUUCUCCAUCCACGCAUACUUCAAAGUUUGUUGACUUACUUAACAGUCAACAAACCAUUUCCUUCGGUAACUUUGAAGAUUGUGUUGAACAAUCUUCAAACUUUGGCCCUACUCCUGCCCAGCGUAGAGAAAGGAGGAAAUGGACGCCUACGGAUGAUGUUCUCCUCAUCAGCUCGUGGUUAAACACGAGCAAAGACCCUGUAGUGGGCAACGAGCAAAAAUCAGGAGCAUUUUGGACACGAGUUGCGGCCUACUUCGCGGCAAGUCCUCAAGUUGCUGGCUGUGAACAGAGAGAGGCAGCCCACUGCAAGCAGCGUUGGCACAAGAUGAACGACCUCGUCUGCAAGUUUUGUGGAUCAUAUGAGGCGGCUACUAGAGAGAAAAGCAGUGGGCAAAAUGAGAAUGAUAUUCUCAAAUUGGCUCAUCAGAUAUUCUACAACAACCACAACAAGAAAUUUACACUUGACCACGCUUGGAAAGAGCUCCGGAACGACCAGAAGUGGUGUGAGCAAUCCACUGCCAAGACCGAGGGAAUCUCAAAAAAAAGAAAAUGUGAGGACGGUGCAGAUUCAUCAACCUCUCGAGCAACUGAAUCCACCCGUCCUCAGGGGGUUAAGGCUGCAAAGGCUAGUGGGAAGAAGCCGGUGGUAAAGGAGAAAGGGCUUAAUGAUUUUCAGACAAUGUGGUCUAUAAAACAACAGGAUUUGGUCAUCAAAGAACGGUUGUCUAAGAUGAGUCUACUUGACAAUCUUAUUGCCAAAAAAGAACCGUUGGGGGAGUCUGAAGAAGCCCUCAAGAAUAAGCUAAUUAAUGAUUUGUUGUUUAAUUAGUUUAGCUCUAAGCGUAGUUGUUUAAAUUUCCCUUGUUCUUGUUCUUGUUAUGUUGUUGUUGCUAUGUUGUUCUUUGUUCUUGUUGUUGUAAAAUGUUAUGUGUCGGUUAUGGCUAAAAUGUAGUUGUUUAAACUUCUUGUUGUUACAUGUUCUUGUUGCUAAAAUGUUUCUCGGUUAUGGCUAAAAUGUUUCUCGGUUAUGGCUAGUGGUGUUGAUCAAAUGUUCUGUUCUAAAAUGCAGGUGUGUGUUCACAGCAUGGAGCAUUGGGAGUCCGUGUGUGCUGACUUCUUGUGUCACGAAAAUAAGGGCAUAGCUGGUACUCUUGUGGUGCUGUCUUCUUGUGUCACGUUAUUUAUGUUGUUGCUGUCUUCUUGUGUCACGAGUUUUGAUUAUCAGAGCAUUUUUGGCUCUUGUUGUUGUACCCUUGUCAUGUAUGUCUUCUUGUGUCAAGUUAUAUAUGUGUGUCAUGUAUGUACUUUUUAUAAAUUUCAGAUACAAUACUUCUCUUUAUAUAUCAGAAACAAUCACUAAA